CGCACAUAUGCAGUUCGAACUCCCUGAUCCUCAAUGGAAGUCGUCAAACGCAAGAGAUCCGACGCCGUCUCCGCGCCACCGACGGUAGCGCCAGCGCUUCGCAACGUCACCACAAGCGAAGAAAAUGAAAACAGCAACAUCGACCUCUCCCUCCUGGAAGCCUUGGAGAAGUCUCAGAGCAGCGUUGAAGUCGUAGACCUUCGAAGCCUAAAGAAGCUGGUUCUCUCCUUUGAGCGCCGCCUCAAGGAGAACAUCGAGGCCCGUCUCAAGUACCCCGAGCAGCCUGACCGCUUUGCGGACUCCGAGGUCGAACUCCACGACGAGCUGCAGAAGCUCAAGGUUCUUGCCGGUGGUCCUGAACUCUAUCCCGACCUUGUCAAUUACAAUACAAUUCCUUCCAUUCUCGGCCUCUUGUCGCAUGACAACACCGACAUUGCUAUCGAUGUUGUCCAGUUGCUUCAAGAUCUAACCGAUGAGGACGUUCUCGAAGACAAUGACGAGCCGGCUCGGGUUCUUGUAGACGCUUUAAUUGAGAACAACGUGUUGGAGCUGCUCGUACAGAAUCUGCACCGGCUUUCCGACUCGGACCCUGACGAGAUGGCGGCAAUUUACAGUACGCUUGCAACGAUUGAGAAUCUUGUCGAAGUGAAGCCCGCGGUGGCGGAGCUGGUUUGCGAGAGGACCAAGCUUUUGAGGUGGCUGAUGGGGAAGAUUAAGGUUAGGGAAUUCGAUAGUAUUAAGCAGUACGCAUCGGAGAUUUUGGCAAUUCUGUUGCAGAACAGCACGGCCAAUCAGAAGCGAUUGGGGCAGAUGAACGGCGUAGAUGUUGUUUUGCAGGCGGUGGCGAUGUACAAGUCGAAGGACCCAAAGAGCUCCGAUGAGGAGGAAUUGGUGGAGAAUCUGUUUGAUUGUCUGUGCUGUCUGUUGAUGCCAUUGGAGAACAAGGAGAGGUUUGUCAUGGCUGAGGGAGUGGAGCUGAUGAUUAUUAUCAUGAAACAGAAGAAAUUAGCCUAUGGGUCUGCAAUAAGGGCGCUUGAUUUUUCCAUGACCAAGUAUCCGCCCGCCUGUGAACGCUUUGUGGAUGUUUUGGGCUUGAAAACUGCGUUUGCUGCAUUCAUGGGUAAGAUUCCUAUUAGCAAGAAGAACAAGAAAGAGAGGUACCAAGAGGAGUUGGAAGAGCAUGUUGUGUCCUUGAUAUCAUCAUUAUUUGGUGGAAUAUUGAGAGGUUCAAGAAGGGAAAGGCUGUUUAGUAAGUUUGUUGAAAAUGAGUGUGAAAAGAUAGACCGGCUUAUGGAACUAUAUACUAGAUAUUCUGAUAGAGUAAAAGCCGAAACCCAACGACUAAAUGAGAUUGAACUUGAUGAUCUAGAGAUGGAUGAAGAGGAAAGAUACAAUCGUAGGCUUGAAUCUGGGCUUUACACUCUUCAGUUGAUAGCGGUUAUUCUCGGUCAUAUUUGGUGCUCUGAGCACCCUCAAAUGAGAGCAAGAAUUGAACUUUUACUCAAGCAGCAAAAACUUUCGAAGGAGGAUGUUAAGGAUAUACUUCAGGAAUAUCAUGACAACAUUGGUGACCUUGAUGGCCCGGAGGAAAAAGAACGAGCACAGACGAGGAUUCAGAAGUUCAUCACAGCUUUCUCAUAAAUUGAUUUCCUGCUGGGUUGGACAGAGAAUCUUGUCCGGUGUUGUGAAGUCAAUAUUUUAAGAAAUGUAUCCCUUAUAUUAGGUUUUCAUGGCUUGCCAAAGGGUCUUCGUGGUUGGUUACUUUCGCUGUACCAAUCAAAUAAUUGCUAUAGUUGGUUAUGCCAAAAAACAAUUGCUGCUCUCUCUUUUUUUUUUUUCUUUUUUUUUUUGAGGGAAUGAUUGCUGCUCUGAGCCUAUGAGUAAUCGAAAUUUGUCUUCCGAGGAAAUCUUUUGUGGUUUCAUUUAGGUUUAUACUCGAUAUAGACAAAAUCCAAGGAGUCCAUGAUUAGCAUUACAAACAAUGCAAACCUGCGAACGGCAGAGAUUUUUGC